AUGUCGAAAGUUAAGAAUUUAUUAGCCAAAAUGCUGCAGCGAUUUGGCAAGAGCAGCAGCUCGCAUAGCGACAGUCAGCGAUACGACAGUCUGGAGGAGAUUGCCCAGAACCAGGCCAAUGAGCGAAUGCUGAUGGCCACACAGGCUGGGAUGGAGGAGCACUUGGUAAUCUGCCUGGAGACGGCGGCGGGCAGUUUCUAUUGGCACUCGCAGUAG